AUGGGUAUUGAUGCUAAUGAUAUUCAAUUCUUUCUUCAAGAAGUUGCGUCUCUUGUAGCAUAUUCUUGUCUAACUUUUGUUAGGCAAUACCCGCUUGUCUUUUUCGCCUUCAUUUGCCUCCUCUUCUUCGACUUGUUUCUUCCUGGUAUCGUCGUAUUUGUGUUCCAUUCAUUUCCUAUUUUUGUCACCAUAGUUGUUUCUACGAUCCUCCUUCUUGACGGAAGAAGUGCGAAGAACACAUCUAUAUGUGAAUUACCAGUUGUUGUAGAAACAAAAAAGACGUUACAACAUGAAAAUUCAUUUACACGACAAAAUGUCAAUUAUGACUCAACAAGAGAAAAUGAUUAUAAGAACAUUUUCGAUAAGACCUCAGAGGAGGAAAACAACGACGACACGAAAGAGACUCGAGGGGUGAAUCAUCGCGAGACCUUUUCUCCUUCUUCCUACGAGAGGUUGGCACCAAUGCUCAGACACAAUGUCGGUGGCUCGAAAGAGUUCAAUAAGAUGGGAGCGGAACAAAGUGUUCAGCAUUCUGACGAUCGUUUAAGAUCAGAGGGUAAAAUGGAUCUCAAGAAUCUUCUUCUUUCGGAGAUGGAAAGAAAUAGGAGAUUAGAAUCUCUAACGGCUAAGAGAAGAGCCAGAAAAUUGUUGAGCAUGCAAGUGAGAAACACCUUAUUGAACAUGGGAAAGAACAAUUCACCAAACAUUGGUUCUAUCCAUAUUCCAAAAGCCAAUCCUCUUCUUUCCCACAACCCCGCUUUCGUUUCGCCAACCCCCGGCUCCGCUCCUUCGGUUUUAUUGCCCAUGCAUAACCCUUUUCUAAUUCCAUACGAUACAAAUGAAGAAAAAAGUGGGAACGCGACUUUUCGAAGGGGCGAUAGUUUUAACCUCAGCUCAUUUUUACCCAGCCCGACUAGUUACGAUCAACAACGACAUCUUAAUAGUUGUUACGACGAAGAAACUUCUCCAUGCAUACCAUUAAUGAACGAGGCAGAAAACGAGAUGCCAAUGAAAGUGGAGGUCGAAGGAACGAGCCGUGAAACAAGUCUACAUUCAAAAUACAAACGUGACAUAGAAAUGGGAAGAGGCAACAACGAAUUGGGGUGGGUGGCCUCUUCUCAUCUUAACAAUAUCGAAGAGAACGAGUCAAGGUCAAGAGAGGUGCAUGAAGUUAGCAACCAAGACAUUAUUGAUGUUGGAUUUUCAAGCAUAUUGAACCACAAAGCCGACGAUAUAGUUGGGCAAGAUUUGACGAGUAUCAAAUCGGAAAAGGAAGAAGAUCGUGACGUCCAACAUGCCAUGUAUGACGUCUCGGAUGGAGAAGACAACAUAUACACGAAGCUGUCCACGAGUGAAAAGAGUCCAAUGAAUCAAAACUCUAGUGACGAAGAAAACACGGAUGAUAUGUUCAUGGAAUCAAUGCGUAAACUUACAACUCCGAAAGCAUCUCAGACUACAACAAUUUUGAAGGAACGAUUAGCAAAUCGUCUAUCUAGGGAUGACACUCUUGAGUGUAGUCCCAGGAUAAACGAAUGCAUAGCAUCAACUUCACAGUUUUUAGACCCGGAGAUCGAGCAACGAAUCAUACUAGGUCCAGUCCCAUCUCCAAAGUCGGUGUUGCAAGCAAAUCUCUCAACUUUGUCAACCUCGAGUCUUGAUCAUGAUGCCAUAAACUUCAAAGCCCUACAACCCGGAGAAAUGAGAGAAUUUGGUGAACAUAGAAAUGGAAUAGAUAGUUCCAUUAGUAUCAAGAUCGAACAGGAAAGCUCGAAUCCUAAUCAAGAGUUCCCAACCGACGAAAUAAAAGGCGGUUCAAACUCAAAUACCAUUAUAGAUGAGCCAUAUGUUUUAGUGGAACCGAGUGAUAUUGGAAAGGCGCACAAAGAUGUUGAGAUUGCCCAUCCAAGUAAUUCUAUUGAAGAUGCCAAACAAAAGUCGACGGAAAAUAUCCAAAUGAUCGAUUCUGAAGAUCCUCUACAUAAUUCCGCUAAUCAAUUAAGGAUUGAAAUAACAUAA